CUGCAGAGCAAUCUGUAUAAAAGGCUGAGCACAUCUGGAGUGAAGCAUCAGUCAAAGCUUGUCACGACAAUCAGCAACUGCACCAACAAUCAUCAAAAUGUUCAAACUUGUGUUGAUCUGCGCUGUUAUCGGCAUGGCCGUCGCCCUGCCAGUCAGUGAUGAGUCGAAGGCUCAGGUUAUCAGCCGCAAGGAUGAUGUGCGCGCCGAUGGCUUUGACGCCUCCUUGGAGACUGACAACAAGAUCUCGCGCGCCGAGAGCGGCGACGAGAAGGGCAACAUCCACGGCAGCUUCAGCUGGGUCUCCCCCGAGGGUGAACUGAUCGAGGUCAAGUAUGUGGCCGAUGAGAACGGAUACCAGCCCGUCAGCGCCAGCCUGCCCGUUGCUCCCCCAAUCCCAGAGGCCAUCCAGCGCUCUCUGGAAUGGAUUGCUGUCAACGCGCCCAAACUUGACCGCAAGAACUAACUUAGUUGAUUGAAUCCUGUAACCGACAUCAUUCGAAAAUGAUAUGGUGAUGACAAAACUGCCAAUUCUUUCCAUUGUAAAAAAAAAAACAACAACUGUUAAAAAAUACUUAAAGCAACCAGCAAAAAUAAAAUGCUCUUGAAUAUA